CAACUCGUUUGCAAAGCUCACGGUUACAAAUGUUGCCAACAACGUGGCAAACAUAUUAUUUGUAAAAAAGAAAACACAAAUAUUGGAGAAGUAGCUAGAGAAGUGUAGAGAAGAGAAUAAUCGUGUUCCAACCGGAAAUAAUUUAUUCCAGACGUCACGUUGACCUCACUGGAAGAAGCCAUUUUCAUGAAAGUAACAUAGUUGAGUAACGAGAGAAAAACAAAAAGACAGUGCCCAGGAGGAGUUGGUAUAUUCAGUAACAUUGAGGGUUUGUCUUCACAUCCUAACCCUCAAGUUGCUGUAAUAAUGUUUUCCUUCUCGGCGACGUUCCAGCCACAGGUAACGAGUCAGCUCAUUGGCCAGCUCAUCAAUGGCCUCCAUUCCCUGAAGAACUCAGCCAGCUCCACAGCCACAGCUUCUGUCCAGAGCCUGCAGACAUAUGUCACACCAGAGCAGGACCUGUUGCUCACAGAGCCCACUGUGAACCUCUGGGACCUGGGUCUGUCAGACCUGAGGGUUGGUCAGCUGGAUGAGCUGGUGAACAGGUUACUGCCUUCACUGGGCUCAGAGGAGGACCCAGCUGCUUCAAGAUGGAGGACGUCCCACGUCUCUGCAGACUCUUUCUUCCAAAACAAACAUGGGUUCUCAAACGGAAGGUUGGGUGUUUUUGGCUCGCCAAUGUUCCACAGACCAAACCAGAGUCCUCUACAAGCCGUCUGUUCAGAUCUCCGAUCCUGGCCUGUAAGGGUCCAGAACCGAGGCUUCAAGACUCUGAGGAAGAGCAGACGUGUGGAGUCCGGUUACCAGAGGCCGGCGGAACCAGAGGGCUACACCACAACAUUCAUGAAGGGUCUCCUCAUGAGACCAGACAAGGCCCCAGAGGCAGAGAGUCUGGACCACAUGGUAAAGCAGAAGAACCUGCCAGGUGACCAACAAGAUGCCUUCAAGACUGGCUUCACUGAGGGCUUCAUGAGGUCCCAGGCCUUCACUCAGAGGACACACGACUCCCUAAGGAGGACCAGGCUGAUUCUAUUGGUCCUCCUCCUCGUGGGAAUCUAUGGCCUGUCAAGAAGCCCGUUUCUAUCGGGUAAAGGCUCCUUUUCUGAUGCUGUGAGGUUCCGCACCACGUCGGGCCUGGACUCACAAGUGGACCCGGUCCAGGUGAAGAGCGUGACGUUUGAGCACGUCAAGGGGGUGGAGGAGGCCAAGAACGAACUGCAGGAAGUGGUGGAGUUCCUCAGAAACCCCCAGAAGUUCACCGUGCUGGGAGGGAAACUGCCUAAAGGCGUCCUCCUGAUUGGCCCCCCAGGCACAGGAAAGACUCUCCUGGCUCGGGCUGUAGCCGGCGAGGCCGACGUCCCGUUCUUCUACGCGUCGGGAUCCGAGUUUGACGAGAUGUUUGUGGGUGUCGGCGCUAGCCGCAUCAGGAACCUCUUCAAAGACGCAAAAGCCAACGCACCUUGUGUUGUCUUCAUUGAUGAGCUUGACAGCGUGGGGGGAAAGAGGAUUGAGUCUCCCAUGCACCCCUACUCCAGACAGACCAUCAACCAGCUACUGGCAGAGAUGGACGGGUUCAAACCAAACGAAGGGGUCAUCGUUAUUGGCGCUACAAACUUUGCGGAGGCUUUGGAUAAUGCGCUGGUACGUCCGGGGAGGUUUGACAUGCAGGUGACCGUGCCUCGUCCGGACGUGAAAGGACGUACGGAGAUCCUCAACUGGUACCUGCAGAAGAUCAAAGUGGAUCCUAACGUGAACGCCACGAUCAUUGCCAGAGGGACGGUGGGCUUCACCGGGGCGGAGCUGGAGAACCUGGUGAACCAGGCGGCCCUGAAGGCAGCGGUGGACGGCCUGGACCAGGUCACUAUGAAGGAGCUGGAGUUCUCCAAGGACAAGAUCCUCAUGGGUCCUGAGCGCAGGAGUGUGGACAUCGAUCAGAAGAACAAGCAAAUCACAGCCUACCACGAGUCGGGCCACGCUAUUGUGGCGUAUUACACCAAAGACGCCAUGCCCAUCAACAAGGCCACCAUCAUGCCCAGAGGGCCCACUCUUGGCCAUGUGUCCAUGCUCCCAGAGAAUGACCGUUGGAGUGAGACGCGUGCUCAGCUCCUGGCCCAGAUGGACGUCAGCAUGGGCGGCCGUGUGGCCGAGGAACUCAUCUUCGGCGACGAUUACAUCACGACCGGAGCGUCAAGUGACUUUGACGGGGCAACUAGAAUAGCCAAGAUGAUGGUGACCAGGUUCGGAAUGAGUGACAAGCUUGGUGUCAUGACCUAUGCUGAAGUGACCAAACAGAGCCCCGAGACGCAAGCCGCCAUCGAACAGGAAGUCAGGGUCCUGCUUAAGGACUCAUAUGAGCGAGCCAAAAACCUCCUGAAGACCUACAGUGAUGAGCACAAGACGCUGGCAGAGGCUCUGCUGACGUACGAAACUCUGGAUGCCAAAGAGAUCAAGCUGGUCCUAGAGGGCAAAGCCCUGGACCCUAGAUGACUCGCUGGGCAAAGCCCUGGACCCUAGAUGACUCGCUGGGCAAAGCCCUGGACCCUAGAUGACUCGCUGGGCAAAGCCCUGGACCCUAGAUGACUCGCUGGGCAAAGCCCUGGACCCUAGAUGACUCGCUGGGCAAAGCCCUGGACCCUAGAUGACUCGCUGGGCAAAGCCCUGGAAUGGAUUUGACCCCAACCCUGUUACACAUUUAUCUGAAUUAUGUAAAAUAUGAAGACGUGCAAUGGCGUGGCCUUUAGAGGCUUUAUAUAGGUUAUUUUCUCUCUCAAUGAAAAUGAAUAACUUUAUUUGUGUGUUAGCUCAUCCCUCGUGAUAUUGACUCCUCUGUCUGAACCAUUCAUGUUGGGAGCGUCGUCAAGAGACAAACCUAUCGCUAGGUUCUUUUUAACACCCUAAGCUCAAAAAUGCCCUUUCAAUGCCGUGAUUUUGUUGUUGUUGAUAUUGACAUUGCGCCCCCCCAACCCCCCCCCAUUUCAUAUUGGUUUGCAGUCUGAGAUUGUGAGUUUGCCCCCUUGAAAUGUUUGUAUAUACAGUAUCAAUCAAGAAAGUGCUGCAUUAUGGGGCAUUCAUGUGUUCCUGGGAAAGUGGGAAUUCGUAAAUCUGAUAUGGUUGUGUUCAAGUGCUUUUGAAGUCGGACCAAUUCUUCAACCAAUAAAGAUUUUAGCUGGCUUGAUAAGUUAGCUAGCUUGCUAAACAUUGCCAAUAUGGUCAAACUAGCUACUUUAUCCACAUUGAUAAGUUUGUAAUUGUCAAAAAAAUGAAUUUGUUAUCUUUUGGUUGAAAAGGUGAAAGGCCUGUGGUUAAAUGUCGCAACUUCGGUUUGCCACUUGUAAUCAUGACUUGGAGGGUCGUUCAGGUGAAACUUCCCAGUUGGAAAAAGGUUUCGGCAGCAUGUGAACGGCCCAAUCGUCCUGAGCAAAAUAAAGUUCACACCAAUAGGAUCUUUAUCGCACAGUUGUUUUUCUUUAGCAGUUUUGUGCAUGGAAUCCUCUUGUAUUUGGGAUGCUAUCAAAGUUGAGGGAAACAAUUGGUUGCAGAUCUUAUCCAACUAGAUCUAAUAGCCUUUUCACUGAGCAGAAUAUUAGUGAUUAGAAACACCUACCAUAAAAUAUGGGGUUAUCAUUAGAACCAUACAACUUCAAUAUACAUUCUAGAAUCUAAAUACAGAAUGGCUGUAUCAGUGUUCUGUCCCCUAUGUGAUUCAUCAUCGGUGAAUUGUGGACUUUUUUUUUUUCCCCCUCUUGAGUGUAAAGGAAUUCAUCUGCAUUCACUGUAUGUAGUUCAAUAUAAACAUGUUGGGCCCUUGUGUCUGAGCCUAAGAUGUAAAGGUAAUGUGAGGUACUUCGUCUGUUUCUCCUCAUUGGAAGCUCAAAUUAAAGUUGUUCUAAAAUCA